AUGUCACGCUCAUCAACCCGUCUUCUGACGACAUCCAUACGGUCACUAGCAUCUUCCUCGUCUCACACACCCUCCCCAUCCUUGGCUGCGGCAGCAUACCGUCGGUCGGACAUCGGCACUUCCCGCUAUGCAUCCUCCUCGGUCCACUCGCAACCCGAAUUCUCCUGCGUCGACGCAAACGAACGCAGGGGUCAAAAGCUCCAACGACUCGCGGAGCAGUCCAAACCAUCAUGCUCGACUCCUUCCUCCAGCGCGCUCUCCUCGGUCGCGUUUCCCUGCGUAGACGCCAACGAAGCACGAGAAGACCGUCUCCGUGCGCAAUUCUCGUCACCGCAGCUCGCUUCAGCCACUGAUUCCGAGUCGCAGGAGGUGGACGAAUCGGGCCCUGAACCGUCCUACACCAAGGUGGUUUCGGGUUAUCAGCUGUACCACCAUCCACGACCGUUCAAGCUGGACUACGGUGGGGAGCUUCCGCAGUUCGACCUGGCGUACGAGACGUGGGGGCAGCUGAACGAGGACAAGUCGAACGCGAUCCUUCUGCACACCGGUCUUUCGGCAUCGAGUCACGCAGCCAGCACCCAAAGCAACCCCGCCAAGGGCUGGUGGGAAGACUUUAUCGGUCCCAACAAGACCCUCGACACCAACAAGUUCUUCAUCAUCUGCACAAACGUCUUGGGAGGGUGUUAUGGUUCCACCGGCCCUUCCAGCGCUCAUCCUUUGGACGCGACUGGAGCGGCGUACGCAACCCGUUUCCCCAUUCUGAGCAUCUUCGACAUGGUCCGAGCCCAAUUCUUGCUGCUCGACCACCUGGGUAUCGACAGACUCUACGCCAGCGUCGGCUCCUCCAUGGGAGGAAUGCAGUCCAUCGCAGCCGCUCACCUCGAACGCUCCCGUGUGGCGCGACUCAUCUCCAUCAGCGGGUGUGCUCGCUCCGCGCCCGCCAGCAUCGCACUCCGCUACGCCCAACGCAGCGUCCUGAUGAGCGAUCCCAACUGGAACCGCGGCUUCUACUACGAUGCCGGUCAACUGCCCCCGCACACGGGUAUGAAGCUUGCACGUCAGAUUGCCACGUUCACCUAUCGAUCCGGACCCGAAUGGGAGCAGAGGUUCGGUCGAGCUAGACGCGUUGCCACCGAAGAGGAAGGGUCGAUGGAGUUGGAUCCCGCCUUGUGUCCCGAUUUUCUGAUCGAAACCUACCUCGAUCAUCAGGGAGAGCAGUUUUGCCUCAAGUACGAUGCCAAUUCGCUGAUCUACAUCAGCAAGGCGAUGGAUCUCUUCGAUAUGUCCGACCACGCACUGUGCGAUCUCCAACUCCGACGGACCAACGCACACGGUGCCGACCACUCGACAAACCUCGCGCUCGAUCGAAACGCAACCCCCGCCCCGAGACCGCGCAAGCGUCAGCACAUCAGCACGCUCAGCUCCCCCGCCGCCCACGCCUACGUCCCCGCCCUCGCCCGCGGCAUGGCCAGACUAGCCGACAUCCCCACGCUCGUCAUCGGCGUCCAGAGCGACAUCCUCUUCCCCGUGGAACAGCAGAGGGAGAUCGCAGAGUGCCUUAGGUUGAACGGAAACGACUCGGUCAGGUAUUACGAGUUGGAUGCACCGCACGGACACGAUAGCUUUUUGAUCGAUGUGCAGAAUGUAGGCGGUGCGAUUAGGGGGUUCCUCGAGUCAGAGUGA